CCAUACCCUUGUUGUCCAUUUGCACCUCCCUUUGUCUCUGCUACUUCUGUACAUAUAGCUCCUCACUCGUCCUCCCCCUCCCCCUUCGACUCCCUCCAUUACCCUAUCCUUCAUUACAAUCUGGCCAAACCUGUAUCGCUCCGCUCCACUAAUCCCUAGAAGCGACCUAAUCGAGAUACCACCAACACUAUGAAGCUCACACAACAUGUCGUCCUGCUCAGUUUGAGCAUGGUCGCAGCCCUCACUCUCCUCUCCCUCCCCUCCACAACAACACACGCCCUUCCUGCGAAUCAUCGAUCAAAAUCAUCCCUGUCACUAUCACACGCCUCAGUCCCCAAGCACCGCCCCAAGGCUACCCCCUCCCUCACACACAAGUCGCCUAAAAAGAAGUCCAAAAAGAACACCAAUGGCUCACCCUCCAAACAGCACACAGGACAAUUGAAGGCCGCCACGACCUCCCCUAUUCCCUCUUCGGACCCACCCCUGCUCCUCCUUCCUGAAUCAAACUCUGUCUGGCACGCAGGAUCAGUCGAAUCCGUACGGUGGUCAAAAAAGUAUGCCAAACGGUUACCCAAGGAUACAACAGUCGAUAUCAUCCUCGUCGACUCCAGGACCAACAAAAAGAUCCACUCGCUCAAGCGAUUUAUACCCUUCCGGAAAGGUUCUGCCCAGGUUUGGGUACCCUCCAAGAUACCCGAGGAUGCUUCCGUAAUGCUGGUCUUGGAACUGUAUCAUGGAUUGAGCCAGCAGCCCGCUGUAGUUGAGACCAAAGCUCUGAAUUCAACAACAACAGCAGCAGUAGCAACAACAACAACAACAACAACGGCAACAGCAGCAGCAGCACCGAAAACCGCAUCUGCAGAAACGACGACGACGACGACGAAGAACAUCCCGUCGAUUCUUCGGCGAUCAGAUAUCAACAUUACCCGUCGGGCACGUCGAGCCGCACCCGAUCAAGUCUCGACGACGACGUCUGCAGAAAAGAUCGCCCACGACAUCAACGACGACGAUUAUUACACGGGCGAUAGGGAAACUCAGCCACUCGAGUUCUUCCCAGACGAGCUCAGACAAGAAUACCCCAACGUAGUCAAGCCGAUCGAACUCGAGCACACGUUCGGCCUCCAUCAAAAGGUCUAUACCAUGGCUCCCUAUACCCUCGCAUGGAAGAUUCCCGAACGCGUCGCUGAAUUGCUGGAAUACACACAGGCACGACUUCGCCUAAUGAUGGACAAGAGCAUCGACCUGGCACAACAUCGCACCCUGCGUGAUAACACCAAGAACUUCAUAGCCAAGAUCCUCGUCGAGCUCGUCCAGGACCAGACCCUUGAGCUCGUGUCUGUCCUCGCGAGGAAUGUGCCUGCAGAGACGAAAUUCCAAUACUUGCAAAUCCAUGAUCGUGUGCCCCCAGCCUUCUAUCGUCUUAAGGUCCAGAUGGUCGUCGUCGAAAUCCAAGGUGCUCCUGAGUCUGUUGUGGGUUCGGAUUCUGUCACCGACACAUCCAGGGGCCGACAUACCCACGGGGACUACAUGGAUGGCUGGGACUUUCCCAGUGGUGGACGUGUCAUUGAUCGGUACGAGUCUAUUACUAGACGAUUCUGGGUCUCUGCCGGGGCGCUGUAAAAAGUUGUCGUCAUAUUUAUCAUUUCUACCAGCGCAUCCCAUCCCUCUCCUCUCAUUACCCUCGCCUGCAUUAACGAUAUAGUGCAUAUCCCCUGCAUAGUAUCACUCCGCUCUAGAAACCCUCAAUUGUCCAACAAGUAAUCAUUUAUUCGAAUA